GAUGACAUUGUUAUUUACGCAGACACACUCGAAGAACAUGAAAGAAAAUUUAAUAAUUUAGCUGAACGACUUAGAAACGCAAAUCUUCAUUUACAACCAGACAAAUGCGAAUUCUUACGACCGGAAGUAGGAUAUUUAGGACACAUUAUCGAUAAAAAUGGUGUUCGACCCGAUCCAAGGAAAAUUAUUGCGAUUAAAAAUUUUCCUAUACCGAAAACAACAAAGAACAUUAAACAAUUUUUAGGAUUAGCAGGAUAUUAUAGAAGAUUUAUUGAAAAUUUUUCUAAAAUUGCACAUCCACUAAACCAACUUUUAAAAAAGGAUACACCUUUUAUUUGGUCAGACAAACAACAAUUAGCUUUUGACACAUUAAAACAACAUUUAUGCGAAGAACCUCUUUUACAAAGACCAGAUUUUUCCCAACCCUUCGUGCUUACAACAGACGCAUCAGGUUACGCGAUUGGAGGAAUACUUUCACAAGGGAAAAUAGGAAAAGACAAGCCUAUUGCAUAUGCAUCUCGAAGCUUAAGCGAUACGGAAAAGAAAUAUGACACUUACGAGAAGGAAGCAUUAGCUAUUAUUUUUUGCGUAUCUCAUUUUCGACCAUAUUUAUACGGUAGAAAAUUUACUUUAGUAACUGAUCAUAAACCAUUAGUAUGGUUUCAAAAUUCGAAGGAUCCUUGUUCACGUGUUUCGCGUUGGAGAUUAAAAUUAGCAGAAUAUAACUAUGAAGUAGUGUACAAGGCAGGUAAAAUGAACGUGAAUGCAGACGCUCUUUCAAGAAAUCCAAUUCCUAACGAAGAAGAAUUAUUUAGAAAUCAAAAGGUGCUCGACGAUGAUACAUUUUUAACAUUCGGGGAUAAUAAAAAAUCAAGUGAAAAUAUUCGCGAUAGUGAUAAUAAUACGUCUACAUUAUUACUCUUAUUAACUACUCUUCUUAACCCAAUACUUAGUGAUUACAUUACAAACACACAAUGGAAAACCAUUCUCACUAGGGCACAACGAAAAUUAGAAGAAACGGGAAUUCAAGAAAAACUUACGGAAAACGUAGAAAAAAUAUUGCAGCCCAUUAUCAAGAGGUCAAGAGGUCGUCCUAAAAAAUUAAAAAAUAAACUUCCCAUACAAGAAGACAAGGUUGGUACCAAAAGAAGAGGAAGGCCGAGGAAAGACAAGAAGCCAAUCUCAAAAGCUGAAGAAGAAACUGAUCCAGAAUACUUUGAUGAAUUAAGAAGAAAUAAACGACUUAAAAAGACAAAGGGGAAGAAGAGAAACAAAAUCGUAAUUCAAGAAAAACCAAAUGAAGACAAUGAAACUUACUUUUCAUCAACAGAAGAUGAUAGUUCAGAAGAAGAUGACGACAUAUUCGAAGAAUCCCUCGAUGAAGAAUUUUAUGAAGAAGAAAAUGAAAUCUUUCAAGACGCCAUGGAUAACGAAGAAAUUUUUGAAGAAAAAGAUAAAAUACAAGAAAGUGAAAUUGAAGAAAAUAACAAAGACAAAGGGCGUAAUCUAAGAAGAAAAGAAGAAAUUACUCAAGCACCUCCUGUUCAAGAAAAACAAUCUACGAGUAAUAAAAUUUUGAUAGAAUGUCGUGACCAAUUAACAAUGCGAAAAGACAAUUAUUUAUAUUUUGUAAGUACUAACGGUACCCCUCUCGACAAUGGAUCUAAAAGUUUAACAAAAAAAUCAAUUCUACCCAAAUUUAAUAAUUUACAAAAAGGUUUAGUAAAAGAAUUUAAAAAGGGAAAAUAUUAUCAUUUUGCACUUCCAAUUCAAGAAAAUGUCAAAGAAAACUUAACUGAUACUCUAAAUACAAUCAAAUCAUGUUUUAACUCUUUACUUUCAAUUAGUGAUAAACUAAACAUUCGCAGUAUUAGUAUAGCAAAAACAUCUCAAAUUAAUCACAUUCCUUGGGAAGAUAUUAAAAUUUUAAUUCAAGAUAUUUUUUCAAAAUCUAAAACAAAAUUUAUAAUUUGUAAUGGGAUUACGCAAUACCCUAAUAAAGAAAUUAGACAACAGAUAUUAGAAGAAAAUCAUUCAUCGGCAAUCGGAGGCCAUAAGGGAGUAACAAAAACUUUAGCUAGAAUUCGUCAAAAAUAUUAUUGGGAAAAUUUAAAAAUAGAUAUUCAAAAAUACAUAAACGGAUGUUUACAAUGUCAAUUAAAGAAAUUAGUUCGCGUAAAAACUAAAAAUCCAAUGAUUAUCACAGACACACCUACAACUGCUUUUGAAAAAAUUUCUAUGGAUAUUGUAGGACCUUUUAACCCUCCAACUAAAUCUGGCAACACGUACAUUUUAACAAUUCAAGAUAACUUUACAAAAUACUCUUUAGCAAUCCCUUUACCUAAUCAUCAAGCUGCUACAAUAGCAGACGCAUUCGUGAAAAAAUUCAUUUGCAUAUUCGGUUCACCUAAAGGCGUACUAACAGACCAGGGAAGAGACUUUUGA